CGCAACCGAGCGGAAUCACAACAUUGCGUUUAAAGUGUCUUUACUCAUCCUCCUUUCGUUUAAUUUUAGUUGUUUGAUUUCUUUUUUUUUCCCCAUGGCGGCCAAUUCAGACUGUCUUUGACGAGCGGAAGUUCGAGAAGAACUUAAAUAUUUAGCGAGCCGUGCCGUGCUAUGAAAACAUGCUGCCGCUCGCUGUAGAAGCUAACCACCAGCAGCAGCAGCAGCUAGCUAGCAAAUGGUUUUUCGGCUGUGAUGUCUGUCACCGUGCGAAAUGACAAGAAGACGAGCUAGAAUAGUAGUGAAACUGCUGGAAACCUGUGUCCCGUACGUGUAGCCAACAGCAUGUGACACAGGAGCUCUCUGCUCGCCAAAAAAAAGUUGGUUUUAAUCAAGAUGCCUCGCCUGGAAGAGGUGGCCAACGUUGCCCUCAGGGUGCCAAGCAUACUGGUGCUGGACCUGCUCUAUAAAUGUGACAUUGAAGGUUUAACAGAGCAUCUCAAGGCCAAAAAUGAAGACAUGCUCUUCAAAUACAAAUAUGUCAUCUGGAACAUGUACUACCUUGGUCAUCUGAUAAACGUGGUGGUGUUGGUUUUGCCAUUGAGACACAUUGUGACGCUCUACCUCCAUAUCCUCGCUGCCCUUCUCCUCUACAUGGGGCAUCAGAUUUCGAAGGAUUAUGUUCGUGAAGAGCUGCAUUAUGGUUAUGAAGGAGCAGUGUACCUUGACUCUCUGUCCUUCAACAGAUUUGUGUCUGCAAUGACUAGUCAGAUUAUUCUCAGCACGCUGUGUGCCUUCCUGAUGAAGACCAGAAAGGUGUGGUUGUUCUCCGCUCACAUGCUCCCCCUGCUGGCCAGACUCUGCGCUGCUCCUCACGCCACGCUGCUAACCGUCAACACUUUCUCCAUGGGACUGACCGGGUCGGGGAUCGCCAUGUUCCUCCUCUCAAAUCUGUUUGUGCCAUAUCGUCUCGCAAGGGCUGCCUAUUCCGAGCUGCUUCAGGUGAUCGAACUGUACAGACUUCUGGCUGUGGGAAUCUCUCUGUGGAACCAGUUUGCCGUCCCACUGCUCUUCAGCGUCUUCUGGUUUGUUCUGUUCGUUGUCCAGCUCUGCUCAGACGCCAUGUCUGGCACCUCGGCGGCCCAUCAGGGAAUCAUGUUGUUCCUGCUCACAAGUGUUUCUGAAUGUUGUGCCACACCGUACUCUCUUCUGGGUCUGACCUUCGUGGUGUCCUAUCUGGCUCUCGGGCUGCUCAACCUAUGCAAGUUCUACCUGGGAGGUUACGCAGCUGUUCAGAAUGAGAAUGUCAUGCACAGGGGCGUGACUGAGGGCGUCACUCUGCUCCUGCUCGCCCUCCAGACGGGUCUGUUAGAUAUGCAGGCACUGCAGCGCACCUUCCUCCUCAGCAUCAUCCUCUUCAUCGUGGUCACUUCAACGCUGCAGUCAAUGAUCGAAAUCACAGAUCCAAUCAUUCUAGCUUUGGGUGCAUCCCGCAACAGGAGUCUGUGGAAACACUUCCGUGGCCUCAGCAUGUGUCUGCUUCUGCUGGUUUUCCCAGUGUUCAUGGCUUACAAAAUCUCCCAGUUCUUCCACAUGGACUUCUGGCUCCUUAUACUGGUGUCCAGUUGCAUGCUGACUUCCCUUCAGGUUACAGGCACUAUGCUGAUCUACUCCCUCUUCAUGGUGGAGCUGUUUCGCAGCGACCCGAUUGAGAGCCUGGAUGAAGUGAUCUACUGGGUGAACGCCGUCAGCAGGGUGCUGGAGUUCGUGGUGGCGCUCUGCGUGGUGGCUUACGGCACCUGGGAGUCGCUGUUUGGGGAGUGGAGCUGGAUGGGCGCCUCCGUCAUUAUCAUCCACUCUUACUUCAACGUUUGGCUCAGAGGUCAGUCCGGCUGGAGGAGCUUCCUGCUCAGACAGGAAGCAGCUAAGAAGAUCAACUCCCUCCCCAAAGCCACGGCUCAGCAGCUGCAGCAGCACAACGACGUCUGCUCCAUCUGCUUCCAGGAAAUGAGCUCUGCUGUGAUCACAUACUGUAGACAUUUCUUCCAUGGCAACUGCCUCCGCAAGUGGCUGUAUGUGCAGGACACCUGCCCCAUGUGCCACCAAACAGUCAGACCCGCCCCACAAGGUCACAGCGAGGCUUCGGGUGACGCCCCAGCAGAGAGAUACGCAGGACCAGAUCUGGCCGCACGGGAGGGGAAUCAAAUCCAGGACAAUGGUGCAUACCAAGAGGCGCAGAGCGACGAUGUGACUCCUGAUCCCACCGAGCAGGAGAAGGAGCGGGAAAGCUCUGAGGAUGGAGCUUGUGGGACAGAAGAUGGAGACCAGCCAGAUGAACUUCACACGAAGGCCGCUCAGGGUCUUCGUUUCAGCUCCAGUGGAGACUUUGUUGGAUUUGUCCACCCAGCGUCAAGCUGCUCUUCAGGGGGCAUUUCUAGCUCCCAUGUGCUGCUGGGUAAAACUUCUCCUAAUAUGCACAACCCAGGUGAGGAAAGUGGUAACGACUCAUUGCUGCCAUCGACGCCUAAUGAUGUGAAUACAAUGAAGGACCAAUCUGACUCUAAAAGAGCGGGACUUGAAGACGGUGCUACUUUCUGUCUUAGAUUGCCACAAAACAACAACGGCGAACAUGACAGCUGUGAUGGGACACAUAAAUCAUGGAACAGCUUUGAUUCGCUAGAAUCAAACAAUGCUGAUCAAACUCCUGAGGCUGUCUCACGUGGUACAGGCCGUGUUGAUAGCCAAACAUUUGUCGAAUCGUGUAAUGAAAACUCAGAAGUAUUAGACUGCAUUGACGAUCCUCAAAGUCAUAAACUUAAUAAUACAUAUUCAGACUUGGACCUGGAACCUGUCCCACAGUCCUCCCGGCUGUCCUCCUCUGUGGACGCCCCCUUCUCUUGCAUAAGCACAGACAACAGUGACUGACUGCCCUGCAUCAGUGCCUUGAAGGAUGAAAAAAGGGUGACCCCUCCAUAAUGGAGAAUUUAACACAUUUGCCUUCUCUCUGUGAACCAAUAGAAAAAAAAAUUGUAUCUUUUACCAGACAGUGUAUUGAAUGUGAUUCAGUUUAGCAACUGGAUUGAUUAUGGAGAGUAAAUUGUCUUGGGUUAAAGUGACACCCUUAUUGUACAACUGUAAAAAAAAAAAAAAAAAAAAA